CCGACUUACCACACGCCUCAAAUCGGUUGCGGAGCUGCCUGCAUCACCCUCCGACCGAGCCAGGAACCGACGAGCAGAACCGGAGAAAAAAAAUGGCGUUCACAUUCGCGGCCUUUUGUUAUAUGCUCGCUCUGCUGCUCACGGCGGCGCUUAUCUUCUUCGCUAUCUGGCACAUAAUAGCAUUUGAUGAGCUGAAGACUGAUUACAAGAAUCCUAUAGAUCAGUGUAACACUUUAAAUCCGCUUGUGCUCCCAGAGUAUCUCAUCCAUUUCUUCUUCUGUGUGAUGUUCUUCUGUGCGGCUGAGUGGCUCACCCUCUGUCUCAACUUACCGCUGCUGGCUUAUCAUGUCUGGAGGUAUAUGAGCAGACCUGUGAUGAGCUGUCCAGGACUCUACGACCCAACAACUAUCAUGAAUGCUGACAUCCUGGCGUUCUGUCAAAAAGAAGGCUGGUGCAAACUGGCUUUCUACCUCCUGUCGUUCUUCUACUAUCUCUACGGGAUGAUCUAUGUUCUGGUGAGCUCUUAAGCAAUGAAGGAAAAGGACCUGCAUGUACAGUAGACAGCCAGACACUAUGAUUUUAGUGCUGGACACAGGACCUGCUGGAGAGACCACCGUUCAGCAACACAAGACGCCAUUUCAAGCGGACGAACUUUCGACCCCCCACACACACAGCAAAGUGUGUCAUUUUGGAAACAUUUAGCCCGUUUUAAGAGAAUAUCUCGGUCGCAGUGUGUUCCUCUCAUAGCACUAUAGUUUAAAAAUUUUAUGGAAAAUACGGACAAAGCUGAAUGGACUUUUGUUUUUUUCUUGCCCCACUUUUUUAUUUUUCAUGAUGUGUCGAUAUUGAUGCUUGGGAUUUAAAUAAAGUUGUUUUUUUUUCCAUCUUGGUUCACAACUUUUGAGUGUUUACAGAUUAGGUACACAUUUUCAGGUGUGCACUAUCUGUGCAAAUCUAAGCUGUUUGCUAAACUGCAUUUGCUUUUAUUCUGUGAAUUAGAUUCUGGCCUUUCAACUGCAAAUUUAUACCUGCCACGUGAUUCAUUGCCAUCACUAGAACAAUUAGCAAUGUGCAAACCAGACUUCUGUUCUUGCUUACAGACACAUUUAAAAACGUCUUCAAAUGAACAUUUUUGUGGGACUUGAAAGUACAGAGAGGGCUGAGUUGCAUGGGUAAUUAUCACUUAAUGAAACAUGUUGCACAGGGACAAUCAUAGUCUGGUUGUCACAUCAGUUUUCAAACUAUCUGAUGUAUAGUUUCCAUACUUCAGACCUACUUAUCAUCACACUCAAACCAUGUAAUCCCUGUUGUACUGAAAUCAAUGGCAAUAUUUGUUUUCUUCAGUGUGAAUCCAGAGUAGAAAGCAACGUGUAUGUGACCUGUAUGUAUGUAGACUCGCCCUUGCAGCUGUUGUUAAACUCAAAAGGUAGACUCAACAGUAAAAUAAUAUAUAUACAGCAUUAGAAAGCAUCAGUACUUUGUUUUAUUUUUUGCUUUCUGCAAAUUGAGCUUUGGUAGGAACUUGCUGAUGUGCCAUACUGUUGAAUGUACCUUUUUGAAAUCCUGUUAAGCUGUUUAAACAUUUCUGUCAUUGUGCAUUUAUGUUCAUUUCAACACCAAAUAUCCCCAAAAAAAAGACAGCGUGAGGAACUCCAGUGUUAAUUUAUUCAGUGUUUUUAAUUCUACUUUUUAUGUCUCCAAGAUAUCAAACACUCCUCGCAGUGUCGGCUCCUUUCCCCAGAAUCACCAUCUGGAAAAAGUGACGUUUUUGUUCUUUAGACUCGAGGCCAUUAGACAAAUUGUUUUUCAGAACACUAGAGUUAUUUAUUUUCCAUUUUCAAAUGUGUAAAUUUUUUCAGGGAAAGGGAUGAUCAUUUGUCGCAGGUGAAAUUUUUAUGUAUUAGAUCCCAUCAUAUGUCACAUCUAAGAAAUGAGAACUUGAGUUUAUUUGAAGCUGAAUAAACGUGUCCCACUCUGUUA